AGCCGCUGUGGGGACACAAAGCGGCAUUUCCGUCGCUCUUACAUGACGUCACUGUGUGCAUACUUUAAACGUCCAUCCGACUUUAGCAACCUUUAGAGCCGUCAUUUUUUUGGGGGCCUUAUUUGGUGUAUUAUUCGUCGCGACGCCAUGAAACUCGUGAGGUUUUUGAUGAAGCUCAGCCACGAGACUGUGACCAUCGAGCUGAAGAACGGCACCCAAGUCCACGGGACCAUCACAGGUGUGGACGUGAGCAUGAACACACACCUGAAGGCGGUGAAGAUGACACUGAAGAACCGGGAGCCCACCCAGCUGGAGUCUCUGAGCAUCCGUGGCAACAACAUCCGCUACUUCAUCCUCCCUGACAGUCUGCCGCUGGACACGCUGCUGGUGGACAUCGAGCCCAAGAUCAAGUCCAAGAAGAGAGAAGCGGUUGCUGGGAGAGGACGAGGACGAGGGCGAGGACGUGGCAGAGGACGAGGACGAGGGAGAGGAGGUGCCAGGAGAUGAUCACAUACUCACUGUUUUCUACACCAUUUCUUCUUCCUUAUUUUGUACAUUAAAUGCUCCUGAUGGCAGGA